CCUACGCUAAUUGCGUACGCUGGCGUACAAGCGGCUCGUUGGAAAACGAAAGUAAAGCUAAAAAGACAGUUAAGCGGCUGUGCGCCGAGCGCAUGUCUCUGGGCCCCGGGACCCUGCAGGCCGAGGCGAUGGCGACCCCGGAGGCGAGCCGGACCCUGGUGGUGUGCGGCGUCCCCGAUCUCCUGCCCUCCUUCAGGAUGGUCGACAAGCUCUUCAUUCACUUCCAAAGGGCCAGGAGCUGCGGUGGGGAUGUGCAGGCCGUCCAGUACCCCACCAACGUCACGGGCGUCGCCUUCGUCACGUUCGACAGCGUCGAAGAUGCUGAGAGGGUUUUGACUGAAGAUCAGCUGAUGGAAGACCGAGAGUUUCCCGCGCCGUACCCGCUCACCGUGUUCAGGUUCACUCCGGAUGUGUUCUUCUUUGUCAGCGCUGAAGUCGACCUGUCUGCAUUCAGGGACCCGCACAAGCUGAUCCGGACCCUGCAGGAGACGCACAGGUCGGCGCGAGUCAUCCCGCUGCCGUCCGGGAGGGGGGUCACGGUUGAAGGGCCCUUCCUGGCGGUGAGGGAGCUGAGGAAAGACCUGAUGAAACGAGCGCAGGUGCCCGGGGAUCGGGGUUUAGGGACGAGCCCAGAGAGCCGAGUUCCUUUAGGGGCGUCGCCUUCCAGAGGGGCUGUGGGCGGCACCUGGGAGUGCUCCACGUUUGUGGACGCAACCGUCUUCAGCUACAUCCAGAGGCUCCACGGUCGAGAUCUGAAGCGCUGUCUACGUAAGUACCCCGUGGAGAUGAGGUCCGAGGAGCAAGGCGACCUAACCCUGGUCACGCUCUCCGGGAGAGAGUCGGCUUCGCUCGGCACGGCCCUCUCGGAGCUGGAGCUGCUGGUGGCCACCAAACAAUCCACGCUGCGCAUGCAGAAGAUAGACUGUUGUGGGAACGGCGGGCUUCAUGAAAAUACUGUGCUGAGCGUCUGCCGACAUUUUUCAGACGACUUCGGUGACAUCCUGCUCUUCCCCCUGGAGUCAGGCGUUGCGGUCGUGGGUCCCUCCGCGUCUGUCCAUAGCGUCUGCGCCCUGGUGGAGGACCGCGUGCGUGCGCUCGGCGGUUCUCUGUUGCCGAGCCGUGCCGGGGCCUCCCGGGAGGAGUCUUACGGUGCCCGUCCGGUGUCCCACGUGGGCCCGCGGGGCAUGGGUUCCUACCCCAGCCCACCGUAUCCCCCCCCGUAACUCGCCGCAGCGGCUAGAGCCUGAACACUCGUAAAUGUACACGUGGCUAAAUUCUGCCUUUCUGAGCAAAAAAAAUGUUUGGCUUUCUUUGUGCUGCUCCAUUUACGCUGUUUUUAAACAGUAAAUAGAAUCAGGGAUUUACUUCCUGAUUUAUGCCACUUAAAAUGAGCCGUUUAUUAAUUUAUUUGACACUUUUCUCCAAAGUGAUUUACACUGUUAAACUACUUCUACAUCGAUGUAAUUUUCACUAAGGGUGCGUACCUUGAUCAAGGGCAGCGUGGGAUUCGAUCCUGGGGCCUUUGAGAGCAAGACGGCGGCUUUAACCGCUACUCCGCUUGCUGGCAAACUACAGAAAACUUUGAUCAGAAGCAGAAAAUAAUUUAAAUAAUGCGUUGAAAAUUAGGUGGGAUUUUGGGGCCUAAUAUUCAUAAUAAAUGUCCUAAUAAGGGAGACACCUGGUAGCGUAGUGGUUAGAGCUACUGCCUUUUGGCUCCAAAAGGUCGAGGUUCAGUCCUCACCUUCAGCUGUAGUCUCCUUGAUCAAGGUACUUACCCUAAUUUGCACCAGUAAAAUUA